AUGUGUCCUCCACUCUACUCCACGCCACUGUGCCUGCUCUGCCUGCUGUGCCUGGCCAGCGCCCAGCUGGACAACUGCAGCAAGGAUCCCGCCACGCUGCUCUGUCGCGGCGAGCGCGCCAUGCGGAAUGUGCUGCGGAAUCUGAGCAAGAGUGAAAAGCCCCUGGUGAUAAUGCGUGGUCUGGAGAUAGUGCCACUGCCCAAUGAGGUGGAGGCGCCACCGACGGCAGCCACCGAUGCGGAUGCGGAUGCCACAUUGCUGGACAGCCUGUCGACGUAUCUACGCACGCACGAGCUCAACCUGAAGCUGGCCGACUUGCUGGACGAGUCCAGUCCCAGUGAGGCACGCAAAAAGGACAAAGGACAGGGCCUGCUGCUGGCCAUGGCACUGAUGUUUGGCAAAAUGAUGGCUGUGCUGGGCCUGGGCGGCAUCGGAGCUCUGGCCAUGAAGGCGUUGGGCGUGGCCAUGGUAGCACUCAUGAUGGCCGGCAUUCUGGGGCUCAAAGCAGCCUCCCAGCAGGGUCACGAGAGCAGCCACAGCAUCUCCUAUGUUACCGGCGAGGGCCAUCAUCACAAGCGACGCCGUCGUGCCACAAACAUUGUCCAAGAGCAGCAGCAGCAGCAUCGUUUGGCUUACAGGGCUUGGCAGCGCUGA